AUGACGGAAGUUCUUUCUCUCGAGCUUGCCGCGAGAACUGAUUCUCUAAUUUUGACAGAAACAGUUUUGUUGGCCGUUAUCAAUGUUGCCGCCCUUUCCGGCAAUCUUCUUACAUUAUACUCCGUGUACAAAAACCAAAGGCUCCGCACGCUUCCAAACAUGUUCGUCAUAUCACUGGCUGUAAGCGAUAUUCUGAUGUCCACUUGCUGCAUGCCUUUUACAGUUUUAACCCUGUUUCACAGUCGGUGGAUGUUUGGUGAACGGUUUUGUCGAUUUCAAGGAUUUGAGGCAUUGACAAUUGGAACGAACAGUCUUGGAACUAUGGGAAUCAUUGCAGUCAGCCGAUAUUUCUGUGUUGUUAGGCCAGAAAAGUAUCCCUUGUUGUUUAAGAAGGAGAAAUCUCUUGGGUACAUUGUUGUAGUUUGGUGCCUGGCUCUCGCUGGAUCUGUACCCCCGUUUUUCUUCAAAGGAGGUACAUUUGAUUUCCAACCUGGAAAAGCAAUGUGUUUGUACACAUUUGAAAGUAACAUUUCUUACACUAUCUCCAUUGAGUGUUUUUAUAUCGCAACGCCCUUGACAAUUAUCACAGUCUGCUAUGUUAAAGUUUUCCGAAGAGUUUUGCGAUCAAAUCGCGUUUUCUGCCAAGAAAAUAACCUCAGCCAACUCCGCGCCAAUGUGGAAGAAGCAAAAGUCACGAAGACUCUAGUAGCUGUUCUGGUUGGGUUUGCAUGUUGUUGGCUCCCAAUUUCUGUCAUGGAUAACAUUGACGCCGCCCGAGGUGAGCACACUUUGCCGAGACAAGCUUAUCUUACAUACUCAUUCUUGGCAUAUAUUAGUAGCACUAUAAACCCCUUCAUAUAUGGUUGCAUGAACAAGCAAUUCAGACGGGAGUACAAAGUCGUGUUUAAGAAGAUUCUUUGUCUUUGUCGCCGGAACACCAACGACAGCUCUGAGAGUGGAGGAAGAAAUUUCUUCACGCGAGCCUGGUCUAUCUGA